GGAGACAAGACAUCCUACAUGUAUAGAUCAACUGGAUCGUGGCUUCGUAUCGCAUUUUACAGUGAUCCUCUGGGAGGAACAAGAAGAGGUUUCAAUGCAUCAUAUAAGGCAGUCAAUUCCAGUACAUUCUCCAAAAAGAAUAGAACCACCCUUACAGAAUCAUGCACUAGAAGACAUAUGUACGAGAGUGAAGGGGAAAUAUUCACACCUGGAGAAAAGUGUUUUCGUCCAUUCAUGGGUGAUAUGGAAUGCUCUUGGGAUAUUUAUGCUCAGGAAGGAAAGAUAAUUGAAUUGUUCUUCGAAACCUAUUACUCCGACAGUUGUAUUUUUGAGUUUGUCAAAAUAAUAGAUGAAACGGGGGAAAUGGAUGAACAACAUUUGUGUGCGAAUUCCCCUAAUCCUAUUGCAUCUGCAGGACCCUGGCUACGUGUCGAAUAUAACAUAAUUUUGUUUAAGAGGGCAGCGUUUUGGGCAACAUACAAAGCUGUUAAUAAAAAAGAAUGCCGCCACCCAUUUUAUCUAAAUAGUAGUCAUGGUAAUUUCACCUCACCUAGAUAUUUGGAAGAGUCUUGCAAUAAUGUGUACCCCAAUUCAGAAAAUUGUACCUGGGAGAUUGAUGUUGGGGACGGUAUGGAAAUUGAACUGCUGUUCAAUGAAUUUAGAUUAGAACCUAGCGAUGGAUGUGAGAAUGACUUUGUGAAGCUAAAUGAUGGCCAUCGUAGUAUUAAGCUGUGUGGAGACAAGGAAUCCUACAUGUAUAGAUCAACUGGAUCGUGGCUGCGUGUUAACUUCUUGAGUGAUUCUGACGUACCGAUGAGGGGUUUCCAUGCAUCAUAUAGGGCAGUCCCUGCAAGAACAGUAUCAAACACUAACAGGACCAUUCUAACAGAUUCAUGCACGAAACGAUAUUUGUAUGAGAGUACAGGAGAAAUAUCAUCACCUGCCUUUAAGUGCUUUCGUAGGUCUACACGAAAUAUGGAAUGUUCCUGGGAUAUUCAUGUUCAGAAAGGAAAGGUGGUUGAAUUGAUCUUCGAUGACUUUUACAUCAGUAGUGGUGGUGUUGGUUGUAUUUAUGAUUUUGUCAAUCUAACAGAUGAAGUGGGGAGAAUUGAGGAACCACAUUCAUGUGAAAACUUUGGAGCAUUCUUCCCUCGUGCUGUUAAAUCUGCAGGACCCUGGCUACAUGUAGAAUAUAGCACAUCUUCAUCUAGAAGGGGAGGUUUUCAGGCGUCGUACAGAGCAGUUGAUAAAAGAGCUGAGUGCAAUGUUGCACCAAAGAUUAUUACAACUUAUGAGGAUAAAACAACCGAUCAAACAGCUGGCACCACUUUGGCUGAUGAUGAAACAAUUUACAAAGCCGUGCCCGAUGAGAGAACAACUUACACUGUCUCGUCUAAUGAUAAAGUAACUCACACUGCGCUGUACGAUGAGAGAGCAACUGCUCACACGGACAAGUCUCAUGAUAAAAUCACUUACACGAAUUUGCCCGACGAUAAAACAGCCAAAGGUUCUGGAAGCGGGAGAGUGAUCUAUCUCGUGGAAACGGAAUACGUAACCAUUUGCAUUCCAGUUAUUCAUUAUCUAAUCAUACAGCUGUGUAUUGGCAACUGAGUCAACUGUUGGCCAAAUAAUGAACAUUAUUGAAAUGGCAUGCACAACAUUGAAUUCAAUUAGACGUAAACAUGUAAUGACUGUUAGCCAAGUUUUGAACAAUAUGAGAAUGACAUACAUAGCCUUUUGUAUUAUUCAUUCAUUUUCUAACAAGACUGAGACAGCUGUAUUUUGGUCAAGGAGUC